UGAGCGUGUGCCUGGCGCUGGUGCCGCCGCCUCUUCGCCUUCGCCAUGAUUAUCCCGGUGCGCUGCUUCACGUGCGGCAAGAUCGUGGGCAACAAGUGGGAGGCUUACCUGGGGCUGCUGCAGGCCGAGUACACCGAGGGAGAUGCUCGGGACGCGCUGGGCCUGAAGCGCUACUGCUGCAGGAGGAUGCUGCUGGCGCACGUGGACCUCAUUGAGAAGCUCCUGAACUACGCACCCCUGGAGAAAUGA